UUACAUUAUGUUUGAGUUUAUCUCAUAUCAACUUUCUAAGCUUCCUUAAAUCAAAAGUAUUCAAAUCCUUUAUUCAAACUCUGCUCCACAGAAACCCUAAUUCACAUGUAGAAACACACACAAAAAAGCAAAGAUAAUAUAAGAGGAAAAUAUAAAGAUAAUAUUCAUUUAUUUAUGUAUACCUUAAAUAAAAAGCUAAAUGCAAAUGGUAGACCACUAAGUUCAAUAGUGGCUGUGAAUUAAAUGUAUAAAAACUACUUUAUGAACGUUGCACAUAACCUUAGCCACAGAAAAAGUGCAAAGCAACAACAUACUAACAAACCAACUUCCCCAUUUUUAAUGGUGCAGAAACAGGAAGAAAUAUAGAAAGCAGACAAGAAUGCAGUUUCACCUUCAGUGAAGAGAUUCACUGAAGACAAAACAGAGUUUCAGUAUUUUUAUGAACCUCCUGCGUAAAUGUCUCUUACCUGUUUGGAAUGGACUGAAUAUGUCAAGCUUCGAAUCAGGAUGUUUGUUUUCAUCUGGUUAAUCAUGUUUCUACCUACUAACAACGAUGCAUUACAAUGGAAAACGUCCUGUCAACAGGAAGGUCAUUGUAUUACUUUCAAUGAGGAUGAAAUAAGAGCAGAAGCUGGACUCUGUGCUGUGAUACCAUGCUCUUUCACAUCUGUCUUUGCACCAGAACAUAUUAUUUGGUAUAAAUGUGAACCAUCAGAGGUCAAAUGUGACAAGUCUGAGUCUAUAUUUAACUCUGACAAGAACAAAGAAAACAUUCAGCCUGGGUUCAAAGGUCGUGUGUCACUGAUGGAACCAAAUGUGAUUCAGAAAAACUGUAGCAUCAUGAUCAAUGAUCUCAAAAAAUCUGAUUCUGGAUCGUAUCAGCUCAGAGUUGAGGGAUUAAAUGAUGGAUUUACAUAUGUUAAAAAAACAAAACUCUUAGUAACAGAUCUGAACCAGAAGCCCUCCAUGAUGAUUCCUCCACUGACUGACCGACAGCAGGCCACUCUGACCUGCACUGCUCCUGGUCUCUGCUCUGGGUCUCCUCCAAAAAUCACCUGGAUGUGGAGAGGAAAAGGAGAGAAAGACUCUUACAUCAUAGGAAACAUUACUGCUUUAAAAACUGAGAAUCUGACUGCUUUCACAAAGAGACACGUCUCAACUCUGACCUUUAACUCUUCAGCUGAUCACCACAACACCAAUAUAACCUGUGGCGUCAGCUUCACUGGCAGCAUAACUGCAGAAGAGACUGUGACUCUGAAUGUGAAUUAUGUAAGAAAACCUCAGAUUUCUGGCAGAGCAACAGUUAAAGAGGGAGAUGUUCUGAAUCUGACCUGCAGUGUGGACAGUUUUCCUCCCUCAGUUAUCUGCUGGAGUAAAUCUACAAAACAAGCUGAACACCAGAGCCACAAUCUAAUCAAAGUGCAUGGCCGUCAUGAAAUCUGUCAUCAGGAUACGAGUAUAAUUUUCUUGUUUUCCGUCACUAAUGUGACAGCUGAAGAUGCUGGACUUUACAUCUGCUCAGCACAACACCUGAACUACACUCUGAGAGAAGAAAUUAAUGUAACAGUGAAAUAUGUUAGAAAACCUCAGAUAUCUGGCAGUGCAACAGUCAUGGAAGGAGACCAUCUGAAUCUGACCUGCAGUGUGGACAGCGUUCCUCCAUCAGUUAUUAAAUGGACUAAAUCUGGAGCAAACGCACAUUGCCAGGACAAUAUUUUCAGCAAAGCAGAUAACAGCACUGUAAUCUACCGGCUGGGACAACGUGGACAUGUCUCUUUUUCCAUCAUGGAUGUAACAGUAGAAGAAGCUGGACGUUACAUUUGUACAGCAACAUAUCAGAAUGACAGCACAACAGAAGAAAUUUAUGUUAAAGUGAAUUUUAAUCAUGUGAAACAUUGUGCGUUUGGCAGUGGAGCUCUUCCCUGGGUUGUUGCUGGUGUUUCACUCAGUGUUCAUCUUUUCUCUAUGAUCUACUUGUACCACAUUUGGAACACAAGAAAAAAGGCUGAACCCACUGAAGAUAAUCACAUUUACAUGUGUAUGCAAAAAGCCAAUGAAUCAGCAGAGUAGAAUGUUAUUGUUCAAUGACCACACUGACGUGUUGUCAGGGAUUACUGUCAAUUGGAUGCUACAUCCUGAAACUAGAUUCAUAUCACUACUGUUUUAGACACAACAGAAAACAACAUGUGGUCUAUGUUUCCUGGAGUAGAGAAAUCUGUCCCACUAAAAUUGUUAAAAAUACAGACAUAGUAACUGUCUUAGCAUAAGAAUAAAAUAUAUCAUGAAAACAACUGGAAAGAAAAAAUGAGGAUCUCCCAAUUUAUUUGUAAUUAGUUUUGUUUUCCCUUCUAGAUUUUGCUACUGAAGUUAUAUU